AUGGCGGAAAGUAUUACAGCAGACUACCUAGUGAUCGGAGCUGGAGCAAUGGGCCUGGCCUUUGUCGAUACCUUGCUCGCAGACACCAAAUUCACGGUGGCUAUCGUAGACCGCUAUGAUUGCCCUGGAGGGCACUGGAACAGGGCUUACCCGUUUGUUCGACUUCACCAGCCGUCUAAUUUCUAUGGUGUCAACUCAAAGAACCUGGGCAAUAACACUAUUGACAAAUUCGGAACAAACAAGGGUCUUUAUGAGCUCGCCACCAGCGGCGAGGUACUGGCCUACUUCGGGCAAGUUAUGGACCAGCAUUUCCUGCCUUCCGGGCGUGUGCAAUACUUUCCUAAUUGCACAUAUACCAGCGACGGUAGAUUUUCUUCAAACGUCUCAGGCAAAACCUAUCAAAUCGCUGAAACCUACACCCGCAUCGUGGAUGCUACUUAUAUGCGUGUCAAGGUGCCCUCAAUGGGCCCACCCGCGUACGAUGUCGAGGCGGGCGUCACUCUUGUUACGCCUAAUGAUCUCCCCAAAGCAACCCGACCUUAUGCAAACUACACAGUGGUCGGUGCGGGCAAAACAGGCAUCGAUACAGUCCUGUGGUUACUUUCAAGGAAUCUGGAUCCUUCGAAAAUCACGUGGAUUAUGCCUCGAGACUCCUGGCUAUUAGAUCGGAGCGCAUACCAGCCAGGGCCUGAAUGGGCUGAAAAACGCCAUGAUACUAUUCCUGCACAAAACCAAGCUAUUAUGUCCGCUACCUCCGUGGACGAUAUGUUCAAACGAUUGGAGGAGUCAAACCAGCUCUUACGCCUGACUGACCGAGUCUGGCCCACCAUGUUUCGAUGUGCCACGGUUUCAGCGCUGGAGCUUGAAAAGCUUCAAGAGGUCACCAAUAUCGUUCGAAAAGGUCGUAUUGUCAGUAUUGGGACGAGCCAAGUGACGUUUGAAGGAGGCAGCAGCUACCAACCCCCUCCAGACACACUCUUUGUUGAUUGCUCAGCUGAUGGGCUAGAGAAACAUGCGCCUGUGCCCGUAUUCAAAGGGAAACAAAUCACACUACAAUCCGUUCGUUUGUGUCAGCAAGUGUUCAGCGCUGCCUUCAUUGCUCACGCUGAGGCAGCAUAUGACGAUGAUACGAUGAAGAACAAGCUCUGUCGACCUAUUCCGCACCCGAGCAAGGCUUACGAGUGGCUGCUGGUCACUCUACUUAACAACGAAAACACCUUGCUAUGGUUGUCACAGCCCAAGACGUCUGCUUGGUUAGCCCAGUCUCGGCUGGAUUGGUUCGGCACAUUGAUGCCCCCAAUGCCCGUGGAUGUGGAUCAACAAAAUGAAAUCAGGAAGAGCAUGGCAAAAGAAAUGACAGAAGUCUGUCAAAAACUUCGUGAUUUGCUCCAUCAACUGCCCGCUGGAGAUGUUAAGAACAUUGAGGCCCAGAUUCUGCAGCUCUCUUAG